AGUUAUUUUGGAAUUGUGGAUUGGUGGAACACGCAGUGAGCGUGACUUUUUGUUUAUUUGAGUUUUGAAUAAAGCACACAAGUCUCCCUAAGCCGACCUGCCGUCUUCCUUCCUUUCUGCGAACAUUUCUACACUGGUGCCGAAACCCGGGAAGGAAGUGGGAACGCCGCCGCCGUCAUGUCAUCGCCGUCAAGUUCGCCCUUUGCGGAGGUCAUCCAUUCGCUCGCGGGACUCCACUAGGAACACCAUCAGGCGCUGCUGGACAUGAGGGAGGAUCAGGAACGUCGGUUCCAAGCCCUCGUCCAGACGCAGCAGGAGGACCGCGAGCUGUUCCGGAGCUGGAUGGACCGGGAGGUUCGGGCUGGGGGAGUGACAUCUGCCCCGGCCCUGCCAGCCCACAUGCCUUUGAACAAGAUGGGUCCGCAGGAUGAUCCAGAGGCUUUCAUCGACCUCUUCGAGAGGACUGCGGAGGCAUGUGGGUGGCCCCAGACGAACUGGCCAGUGCGCCUCAUCCCUCUGCUUUCCGGGGAAGCACAGAUGGCUGCACAACAACUGCCAGUUCAGAACCUCCUGGUCUACGACGACCUAAAACGGGCCAUCCUGCAGCGGGUCGGCCUGAACCCCGAGCAGCAACGUCAGCGGUUCAGAUCGCUGGAGCUGGGGGAAAACGGCAGGCCCUUCGUGAUGGCCCAGCAGCUCCGGGACGCGUGCCGCAGAUGGCUGUUGGCCGGGGGAAGCGACGUCGACCAGAUCAUCGAUCGUGUGGUGUUGGAGCAGUUCAUUGCGCGGCUGCCGAAGAAGACUGCGCAGUGGGUCCAGUGUCAUCGGCCGACGUCGCUGGACCUGGCCAUUCAACUGGCGGAGGACCAGAUCGUGGCGUGCCACGGGGUUGGCGAAACUCUGCCUUCUGUCUCUCUCUCUCUCCUCCCUUCCUCUACCUCCAAACCUGUCCCUUUCCCUAGGUCCCGGGUGAAUCUCCCUCCUAGACCGCAGCCCCGGUGGAGGGGUGGUCCGGCACCAGAGUCUGCUGGACUGAGGCCCCUGUCCAGGGGUACGGGGCCUACCAGUUCGAGUGCCGCGCCUGUUCCUGUUCCUGUUCCUCCGCUCUCUCCGCGCCAAUCUCUUGACCUACUUCCCACCACUAGGGCGGCGGGGAAGUCUGGGCCGGCUUGUUGGCGUUGCGGGGACCCAGGACACUUUAUUGAUCGGUGUCCGGUGAUGGAGGUGGGGACACUGGUCCGGGUUCCGGAUGCCCCGCAGGCUGCCCCCGAUCAAGCUGGCCUGUACCAAAUACCUUAAUUGGCUUGGAGAGACCGGAUAAAAGGGUGAUGGUAGAACAGGGAAGGAGAGAGACACUGGACAGAGACUUGUGUGCGUUGCCACAGUGAAGAGCUGGAAGAAGCCCAAAGAGACUGUUUAGUUAUUUUGGAAUUGUGGAUUGGUGGAACACGCAGUGAGCGUGACUUUUUGUUUA